AAUUCGAAUCCCGACCAAUCAGCACGCAUUAUGAGAGUCACUCUUUCUAUACCCUCCUUUCACUGACAUCUCUUUUUGAACGAAGGGAGAGGCCACUCGAUAUUCGCGCGCGCGGGCAAGAGCGAAGUGAGAGACGCCAUGGAGCUGCAACAGGACGCGUUGGACGAGGCCUUCCGCCGCCACAAGCAGUACUUUGAGCAGUUCCUUGAUAAUGAUGGAGGUUACGGCAAUUACUCGGAGAAGUUGAGCAGUAUGAUCCACAAGAAAAGCACGCGAUUGAUCGUAGACCUCAACGACCUCCGCGAGUACGACAGUUCGUUCACGGAUCCGGCGGUAGGCGGCCAGGACAAUAUCGUGAACCGGUUAUUGCGUAACCCUGCCGAGUUCGUACCCCCUUUCGAAGAAGCAGUCAAAGAGAAGGUCUUCAACAUCGAUAGUCUUUACGGUGGCAAGGAAGCUGACGCUACUAAGGACAUGCGGUUUCACGUGGGCUUCGAGGGAGACUUUGGCCACCACAAUGUGAAUCCUCGCGGACUCUUGGCUUCGUACCUCACACAAAUGGUGUGUGUCCACGGUAUUGUCACCAAAUGCUCAGCUGUACGCCCUAAGGUCGUGCGCUCUGUGCAUUACUGCAAAGAAACGAAUGCUAUUCUAUCCAGGGAGUACAGAGACAACACGUCCAUCACAGGAGCCCCAACGUCCAGUGUGUAUCCGACCAAGGACGAGAACGGCAACUUGUUGGAGACGGAGUUCGGACUAUCUCAGUACAAAGACUACCAGAUGAUCAGCAUGCAGGAAACCCCCGAGACUGCGCCUCUGGGACAGCUUCCCCGUUCGUGUGAGGUUAUUGUGGAGAAUGACAUUGUGGACAAGUGCAAGCCCGGUGACCGUAUCCGAGUUAUCGGUAUCUACCGUCCACUCGGCGGUAACAGCACAGCGUCAUCUACCGCGGUAUUCAGGACAGUUCUCAUCGCUAACAACAUCCAACUUAUGGGCAAAGAGGUGAACGGCAUCGUCAUGUCCGCUGCAGAUCUAGUAAACGUCCGUGAGUUCGCGAAGCGUGACGACGCCUUUGAGAUGCUGUCACGUUCGAUCGCGCCGUCCAUCUACGGCCACGCUGAGAUUAAACAAGCGUUACUGCUUCAAUUGCUUGGUGGAGUGGAAAAGAACCUGGAGAACGGCACGCAUCUCCGUGGUGAUGUUAACAUCUUGAUGGUGGGAGACCCGUCGACUGCCAAGUCUCAGCUUCUACGUUUUGUGCGGACGAUCGCUCCUCUAGCCGUCAACACCACAGGUCGUGGAUCGUCCGGUGUGGGUCUGACAGCUGCUGUGACGAUUGAUCCCGACACAAAGGAGCGUCGUCUGGAAGCUGGUGCGAUGGUGUUGGCUGACCGAGGCAUUGUGUGUAUUGAUGAGUUCGACAAGAUGAGUGAAGCGGAUCGAGUGGCUAUUCACGAAGUUAUGGAACAGCAGACAGUGACGAUCGCCAAGGCUGGUAUCCACGCCACCUUGAACGCACGUUGCAGUGUGUUGGCAGCGGCUAACCCCGUGUAUGGUCAGUACAACAAGAACAAGAAACCCCAGGAGAACAUUGGUCUACCAGACUCGCUGCUAUCGCGUUUUGACUUGUUGUUCGUAGUGCUGGACCGUCUGGACCGUGGCGCCGACCGGAACAUCUCGGAUCAUGUGCUGCGAAUGCACCGGUAUACUCGUCCAGGCCAAGAAGGUGUACCAUUGUCGUUCGAAGUGAGCUCUACCGACCACAUGGCGCUUCUCAGCGAGACCUCAGGCAACCGAGCCGACGAUGCCAAGAAGUCUAUUUUCCAGAAGUUUGAUCCUUUACUGCACGGCGGGUACCAGUCUUCAUCGUACGCCGGCAGCGGCAACGGUAUCCUGACGCUAGACUUCCUCAAGAAGUACAUUUAUUACGCCAAGAUGCGGUACCAACCGGUGCUGACAGACAGAGCCAUCGAGUUGAUCUCGGAGGGGUACGCAGAGCUUCGAUCGCAGCAGAACGCGCGGACUUUACCUGUGACGGCGCGUAGUUUGGAAACACUCAUCCGUCUAGCUUCAGCACAUGCUAAGGCGCGUCUGAGCAAAACGAUCGAAGCAGUGGACGCAGAGAAGGCCAUGUCACUCAUCAGCUUCGCGCUGUACCAUGACGCGUCCGAGCCGCACUCGAAUGAUACAAGUGCUCCGUCAAGGCCAGAGGAGACACCGGAACUGCCCGUGGUUGGGACUCAGAAGGCUAUGGCAGAGCUGGAGAUCGAGACGCCAGUGACACCCGAGAAGUCAAGGAAACGAGACCGUGGAGCAUGGAGUACUGCUACCCUUGCGGACGACGUACUGGCUGUCUUGUCCGAUAUGGGCAGCGACGCUAACAUGGACGAUGAGAACGACAGUAUUAAGCUGACAAACAUUCUGUCGAGACUGAAUGAUGGUCGAUCCAGAGGCGACGAAGUACCGGUUGCUGAGUUAGAAAAGGUGUUGGUGGAGCUGGAAGAGAUGAACAAGGUCAUGUACAUCCAGGACGGAGGAGAUCCGAUGGUUAUGCUCAUUUAGGUAACUCCAUGGAUCCCCCCGGUAGGUAUGAGGUUUUAUAUUUUGUUUCUGGGAAGAAUAAAAACAACAUCAAGGCGUAUUCUGUGCAGUUGGUUGAUGAUUUUUUUU